GAAGUUGCGCUAUCGACUUGCGCCAACCCGAUCUGCCGCUCACAACUAGUGUGGAUGUGUUUGGUGCUGUUAUGGCUUCCACCGGGGUGACUGUGAGUGCCGCCGGCUCGGCCAACGAGGCCCCCGAGGUUCCAGACAACGUGGGAGACUGGCUCCGCGGCGUCUACCGCUUCGCCACAGAUCGGAACGACUUCCGGAGGAACUUAAUCCUCAAUUUGGGACUCUUUGCUGCGGGAGUUUGGCUGGCCAGGAACUUGAGCGACAUUGAUUUGAUGGCACCUCAGCCGGGGGUGUAGCCAAGUAAGCAGGUAAUGGAACUCCUGUGUGCUCAGACUUUCCAAAGACAGCCUACUGUCUAUGACCACAAGAUACUACCCCGGGUGGCACGUGAAGUUGACUCCCUCUCCUUGCCUGACCCUCUGCCCCCUGGGCAGCCCCCAGCUUCAGCUGAAAUGUUGCUUCUGCACAGACGUGUGCAGUUCCCAAUUUUGCAGAGGGUGACCUUUGUCGUUGUUCUGAAGAGGAGUAGGAAUUGUUCUUGAAAAAUAUUUCAAAUAAAGCCUACACACAAA